CUAACAAUGUUUACAAACAAAGAGGAGCAGACGAUGCGGGACGUAUUUAUGGCAUCUCGUUUUCUAGGAAUUUCGGGAUAAUUCUCAUUUAUUCAAUCCGCGCUGUAGGCAUGGCAGAACUAAACAGGACUAAGGAUGCAGUGAUAAAUAGUCCGUCUUAUCCCGAGGGUGAAUUAGUGUGCCCGAGACCCACGGAGGAAGGGAAAAACCCAGACGUCACAGUACUUCCGACUCCAGAACCUUUACAAAUUAAAGUGAAUUCCGAGCACCAUGUGUAUCUAAUAGUAAACGAGAAGGAAAUUCACGGGACGGAGAAGGCGUUAGCGAUUGACUCUGAGAGUGUCAGUGAUGAAGAAGGGGAAAAAGAAAAUGAGAAUGGAGACAAUCCAGCCAGUUCUGAAAAAGCUUACUCCACAAAGACUUUCGAUGAUGAUCUUACUAAUAAAGUUAAGCUUAUCAUUAACAUAGAGGGAUUUAAAGAAGCGGGAGGCCUUUUGUAUAUUGGGUGCAAGAAUGAAGUUGAAAAGACUAAUCCAUCAAAAAUAUCAGAAUGGUUUACAGCUGAUUUCCUGAACCAUCAUAGAAUAUAUGCCAUUAAAGAAGAGGAGCCAUUUUUAUUAAGGGUUUUUACUAGAAAUCAUGAAUCUACUAAUCGUGGUAUCAGGAAAAAAGGAGGACGUAAGGUUAUGCUAAUGGGGAAGGAGGUUUUUGGAGAUGUGUUAUUUGCCUGUGGCCACUGUGGCUACAGGUCUCAUGAAGGGAGUAAUGUCAGAAGGCAUUUAAAGAAGUCAGUAUGUCUCAAGGAAAAAGGAUACUCAGAGGAAGAUUUGGUUGGGUUAGAUAGAACAGAGCGGAGAAAAUUCCUAAGACGAGUGGCAGCUGCUAAGUUUAGAGCGAAGAAAAGAGCAAAAGCGAGCAAAGAGGAUGCUACUCCAGCAGUCAAUGGAACAGAAGUAACCGAACAACAGAAAACUAUGCCUAGCAAUUUUGGAUCAUAUUCACUGCCAAUGGGUAUGAGCAAUAACUCCUAUGUUGAGAACCUUGUUGAAAUUCAAGAAAGAUGUGGAUCUGACGGAACAAACAGAAGUGGCACAGGACUGACUCCACAAGUGCCUAACACAAUUGUAGUAAAUAGUUUGCCACCACCAAAAGUGAAGAGAAAAGCACCCAAGUAUAAAGCCCUUACCCUUGGUCCAGCUGUAGAACGUGAAGUAGUCCGGCGUGUGUCCUAUGACAUUUUCACAGUGAAUGAAAACAAUGAGAGAAUAGCAUGGAAACCUCCAACGUGCCAUAAGGCAUCACCUGGUGAUAGGACCUGCCAAAUUGUAUUCAAAGGAGCAAGAAUGAAGAGGAGAUGCAUGGACUUGCCUGUGCCAAUGGUGUUGAUAUACCGUAAGCUAGACUGCAAGACACAUCACUGCUGCUUCACUCUGUUUCAUCCGAGUGCCCGUAUUGCCUUUAAAAAUGAUUCUGCAUCGAAGGCUUCUGUUAAUAUCAAGAUGUAUGGAGACAUCGUAAUGACUCAGGAGUUCUACCACUAUUUCGUCUCCCUACUGUCGAUAAUGAAGAUGAAGUCGUCCCAGACAGCGAGGCACCUGACGAGCGUCUGGGAAACCAUCAUUGCCGACCGCCUGGGAUCGCCCGCCAUACCCGAGGAACACCGCAAGAUUAUCACGCUUUCCAAACAGACGGUGAAGUCGAUCUGGGCGAGCAUCGAGGAGGAGGCGGGCAGCCGCGGCGGCCUCAAGCUGCUGAAGGGGCCCGCUCGGAAGAAGAAGCCCCCGGCUCCUGCUGCCCCCCUGCCCCCCCUCCCCCCCGCCAUGCCCCGCUGAACGGCCCCAGCGCCGCGCCGGUCGCCGUGUGCUCGGCCGCCGCGGCGCCCAUGGCCCCCCCCCGCCAUGCAGCACCACUGCAUGAAGCGCCUCAACGCCAUCCAGCCCAAGCCGCCCGCCGCCGCCGCCCAAACCGCCCAUGAUGGCCCCCCCCCCCCACGCACAACCACAUGCAGCAGCCCCCGCACGCCCCCGUGCCGCAUACCCACUGGCUGGGGCAGGCGCCGCAGUACCCCCACAACAUGACCCCCUACCCCAUGGCUCCCCCCCCGGCGGCCGAAUACUACCCCAUGCCAGGGCACUUCAUGGCACAGUACACGCCCGCGACCAUGGGCACCUCGCCUUAGGAGACUCAGAAAAACGUUAUUUUCAUUUUUAUUAUUAAUAAUAAUUUUACUGAAAGAAUAUAACAAUGGAAAUGUAUAUAAUUAAAAUAUAUAAUUAUUGCGGAUGUGUGACAGUGAGACAUUUUAUAACAUUCCAUAUACAGUCAUGUUGCAUUGGUCAUUGUGCAUGUUUUUACUUGAUAAACGGAGUCAUUAAAUUAUUUAUACAGAGCAUGCCGAUAUCCAUUUCUUGGCGUUUAUUUAUUUAUCGUAUAUUUAUCACUCAAUUGUUACGGAAAUGUUUGCAUUGUUUACAUUUCCAUAAAAAACAUGUCUAAGUUCAACGAAUCAAAUGUAUGUCUUUCUACAUUAUUUUUUCACGUAAAGAAUGACAUAAUGCGACAAUUUAUUGAUCUGAACUGACGAAAAUAAA